AUGAUUCCAGCUUCCAAAAGAAAGAAGUCCGGCUCCCCAUCAGAUUAUUCGAGUGCAUUCGACUAUGUUGAUGAGUGCAGUGUGAGUGAUGUUAGUAAAGCCUGCAUUCUUGAAUCUGCUGUUGACCUAGCAAAAUUGCUGGAUUCCGGAAAAUCUACUAACUGUAGCGAUAAUCAAGGAAGAACAGCACUCCAUCUGGCUGCUCAGAGAGGCAAUCUUCAAUGUUGUAAACUAUUACUUGAGUCAGAGGAUACAGAAAUUGAUGCUAUCACUUACAAAGGGAUCACCCCUCUUAUGAAUGCUUGUGCAAGUAAUUGUCUUGAUUUGGUUGAAUUUUUAGUAUCAAAGAAAGCAAGACCUUGCAUUGUAGAUGGAGAAGGAACAUCAUGUCUCGACAGAGCUCUUGAAAAUGAUAAUCUGGAAAUGUUUGGGUUCCUGUUGAAAAAUGUGGACCCAAAUAAAGUACAUUCUUUUGAAGGAUGGACAAUUGCACAUACUUGUGCCAAAAAUGGGCAAGGCAAAUUCUUAAAGCUUUUAGUGGUAAGCACAAGAUGUUUAUUCAAAGCUACAGAUUAUGGACUUACACCUUUACAUUUAGCAUGUCAGGAGGGUCACUUGGAGUGUGUUAAACUCUUAGUACAAUUACAACCAAAUUCUAUAGAAUCAGAAACCACAGAUGGGAUAACUCCUAUAUUUAUUUCUGCUCAAAAUGGACACUCAGACACAUUGAAAUUUCUCAUUGACAACAAAGCAAAUGUCAAUGUUGUAACAAAAGAUGGUGCUGUUUUACACAGUGCUGUUUUUGGGGGUGACCAAGAGUGUUUAAAAUUACUGCUUGACAAUGGAGCAGAUGUAGAGGGUGGUGUUGGUAAAACUGAUGUAGAGACUCCCCUCAGUCAAGCUGUAUUCAACACAGAUAUUGCUUCUGUCACCACGCUGCUUCGGUAUGGCGCAGAUCCCCUUGCCUAUUGUCAUGACUCUCAGCAAAUUCUCUCAUCAACUCCUCUCCAUUUGGGUUUUCAAAAUAUGCAGCUUGCAGAAGAGGGUACCUGUAAAAUUGCAAAGCUCCUUGUGGAUCAUAUUAUAGACCCUCACAAGGCUGUCAAUGCAGUGGCUGAGGAACUAAUAUUGAUACUCAAAGACUCAGAUAAUCUAACAUUUAUAAAGAAACUACAGUCAACAUUAGACUGGAAAGUGUCAAAACUUGUUACUUGCAGCGUAGUGGCAGAGAUUGUUUCCAGUUCAAGAGUGAAAUGUCUGGCAUUUUUACUGUCCUGCAACUGUUCUAUUUCAGAUAUUGUUAUCAGUGAUAGCAUCUUGAAAUAUUUCAUAAAUUCUACUGCUGGUUUAGAUCAUUUGCAUCUGAUACACCAAGCUCUUUAUGAUCAGUACCUGGUCAUACCUCGAUCAUUUUAUCAUUUCAUUUAUCAGAAUUUAAAUCCCGUGACGGCUAAUCCGAUAAAGGAAAAGCUGCUUGAAUUAAUAGACAAACAAUCCAGUGAGCCUAGACCCCUGGUGGAUUGGUGUAGGUUCAGAAUAAGACAGCUUAUAUCUGGUAGAGAGGAUUUCUCAACUGUUGUUCAUUCCCUCGAUAUAACUGAACAGUGUAAAGAAGUUAUAUUACUAGAACGUAAAAGUACAGUAUCUCCGAAUUUUCUUAGAAAGUGUCUUUCGGGUGAAUUUGCAUGUGGAAGAGAUUUAGUGCGACAAUACAUGGUACUGUGA